AUGGCGGCCAAGAGCGGUGGCUCUGUCGACUGGACAUCGAUUAUAAAGCCAAUUUUAACUGCAUCUUACGGUUCAUUCAACAAAAAUGAGAUUAUCGAGCUCGUGAAAGCAAUUGUUAAAAGUGAAUCCGAAUUUACGUCCCACGAGGAAUCCUACGAGGCCUUUUACACAUCCUUUGCUGCUAUAGUUGCAGAUUACAUCAGUGGUUACGCCAAUUCUCUUUCGAAGAAUCAGGUGCCGCUGGUAUGGCAAGCAUGCAAAAUACUUUUGGUCUACUUGGUGGGGAAGUUGCCCCAGAAUCAGACGCAACCUGGAGAAGGAACGUCGACAAUUCUGACGACGAAACAGCUUCUUUUGGCUAUACGUUCCUUGUGCGUUGGGCAAUCACUUCUCGCGAAAGCUGAGGAGGUGGCUCUAAUUGCAAUUCUGAAAAAUGCGAAAGUGCCAUCAGUCGUUCAACCUUCGUCGACAAACGGAGAAAAGGAAUCGACACCUCAACCCAUCAAGGAAACGAAGAGGACCCGCAGCGAUUUGUCGAGCAAUAUUCUCGAACAAUUGACGAUGCCUCUUCAGGAAUUCAUCCCUUCCAUGUCCGUCAGAAUCGAUGCUACACCUGAUGUUAAUAAAAUCUCAUCCGAGAAUGCUACUAGCGAUCAAGGCUCGGAUAUAAAGAUGAUGUUUAUAGCCAACAAUAUAAGCACCCUUCAAAGCAUCGGCGCUGGGGACACCUUGCUGGACAUGUGCACAAACCUCCCGCACUUGUCUCGCUACACCCGAAAAUACCAAACCUUUAUAAACCGAAAAAGUUUCUGUCUGCCUUCUAAUCACUCGGAGGCUCACACGAUUCGCCACAGCCUUCAUUCGGUAGUGAACGACAUCAACAUUGUCCACAGCGUAGUCUCUUUACCAAUUCUGGAACCCCUGACACCAGCAAAGCUGGAAAAGCUCUCGCUGCUAACCAUGUCGUGUCUUUACUGCUCGAUAGCGAACGCCACAGCCUCGAGUAUAGUCGGAAUAACCAAUGCAGUAUCGCCAAAAUGUAGUACAAAUACGGCAGCCAGUGCUCCCGGGAAUCAGAGUGGCAAGAGUGCCGAGGAGGAAUACGACGCUUUAGCAAUAACCGUAGUCGAGCGGAGUUUAGAAAUCUUCAGUCUAGUCUCAAAUCUAAUUAAAUACAGUACCCGAGCCGGAGGACACAUCCUGCAGAAUCAUCUUCUAAUUGGAGUCUGGCUCCUCGUGGCGGGCCUACAAGCUCAAUUGUCGGUGAGCAGUUUAAGCGCAGCGGACAAAGCCAAGGAGGAGAAGGGCAAAUCGCCGAGUAAGGCGCGCGAUGGAACCGGCAGGAUUAAUUUAAUGAAAGUGCAGCAAGGCUUUGGAGUCUUGUCCGUGGCUCUUGCGUCACACGCUCUCACUUUAAUGAGUGCUCUCUUGGAAGAUGUGUCUGUUGAAGCUGGACCCAAUAGACCGCCAACUCCGGAGCCUGCGCCUCUAGACAUCCUGGCAACUGCCACAGCCUUGCAGCGAGCGGCCACCUUCUUCCAAGCAGCUCCACUCAACCAUUUGCUGUUUUACUUGGCAACGAUCAGUUACCGGAAGGCCUGCACAUUGAAGAGGGUGCAGAAACAUUCACUCGAGGGUGAUACCUUGAGCCAGUCCGACUCGACGACUUACUACGAGGAUCUGUUGAGUUGUUCGGAGAAUUCGGCUGACGAGGAGGAGGACAGUGAGCCGAUUUUGGGACUCUGGUUUGAGGAAACUUUGGCACCUUCCGAUGGAUCGAGCACUAAUACCUCCAAGGAGGCGAACAAUGAGCCCACCGUUGAGAGAGCGACAACUGCCAUUGUGCCUGAUAAUCGUGAACCUCACGGUUACAUUUCCCUCGCGACUCAGAUUUUCCAGUUUAUGAAUCAGCAUUUGCUUGGCAGUCGGAGCAUCUAUGUCAGGGAGUACGUGAUGAAUGGAUUGGUGGAACAGCAGAUGGUGAUUCUGGCGGCGAUCAUCCGGGAUUUGGAUCAUGAAGCUGCAAGAACGGAAACUGGGACAAUUUCAGUUUUCUAUGGUGCAACUCUGGGCGCCAUGUACUCGGAAUUUUCCCAGGCCUUGAGUCUUUAUACGCAUAAUUUGCUGACGAGGAAUACGUUGAGUGAAACUCUGCAAAAUACACUUCUUCAGCAUCUCGGAGUUAGUCCCUGGUCUACGGAGAACGCGAGCACUGCCUCCUGGCCACUUCAGGUUUAUCCGAGAACUCUGAGCGUUCUUGCACAGAUACUUUUGCUCAAACCUCAACUCGAAAAAGAGGCAGCAUGUAUAAGCAUUUGGCACAGAUUAGUCACGACGAUGGUAGAAAAUGUUUGUAAUCCUCCAGCGACUUUUGACGCUGAAAACGAAGACCUGAAUGUGGAACAUGCACAGCUGGUUUUAUUUCUUUUUCAUUCGCUUAAUUUAAUGCAGAAAAAAUCAGUUUUGCUCGUGACCGGAAGUGGAGCUGUUCGUUGCAGCGAAGCUGUUAAGGCUCCGAUGAAAGAUUCACAGAUUCUUCAUCUUUCGCGACUACUGCUUCUGCUCGAGUACAUGAUGAAACAUCUUUAUGAUGCUCCUUCUUCUUUGCUCGAACAAGUGCAAUGGAAUCUUCUGUCUGGAACAAGUUUAGUAUGCGACGCAAAAGAAGGCAAUAAACAAGCCUCGAGAAUCUACACACCCUGGAAGGAAAUCGAGGACAAUUACCGGAAAUUCAGUCCCCAGGAUGAAUUUUCAAUGAAGCCGAGAUUCUACAAUCUGACAGCUUCCGAUUUCAACAAUCAAGACACGCCCAAGCUCGACGGCUUAGCCUGCAACUUUGUCCUCGGAACUCCCGACAAAAUGAAGUACCCUCUUCUUGUAGACGCUCUAAUCGACAUCCUCAACAUCAUCAAUCAAACCUGCAUACCCAGAAAACAAUCUGCAGAUGGCAAGGAGAAAAUGACUUUCACAGGAUUAUGCGCCACUCAAUAUUGCUUCUCGAUCUGUUGGCGAUUGCUCCUCAUGUUGCCGCCAUCCACCGCCUACAUGGACGAACUCGCUCUCGGCGAAGAGAUUCCCGCCACUCCCAUGCUCCUCUAUUCCCUAAUUUGGGGACCCAGAGCCGCCUGCAAAACAUUCACCGGAUGGAUGAAGGAUUGUCUCGUGAAACAGGGAAUGUAUACCCAAUACGCUGAGAAUCUUUUAAAAACAAUUUCCUCGACCGUCACUUCUCUAAAGUACGACGUGACGCUCGCCAAAAAUUCCAUCAAAGCCUUAAUUCCUGAAGUGAACGAUGACAAGGUGAUGCCAAAAGCUUCUCUGCCGAAACUCAGCUCGCUUUGUAUCUUGGCCGCAGUUGUUGGCAAACUUCAAGUUCUGAUGGACGAGAGUUUAUCGAAAACUUGCAACGAUAAUAAUCUCGAAGCUUCGAAAAAUUCGCAGUCGCCGGAAUCGAUUACAUCGAAUAUCAACAAAAUGGUGGUGGAUAUUCUGCCGCAUAUUUUAAAAUUGACGAAAUCCGUAAUCGUCGCUUGUCGAUCCAGCGUUCUUUAUCAUGUUCAGGAUACUUCGGAGGCCCAGAGCAAAUACAGCUUGAGAGACUACACCGUGUUGGAUAUCAUAAUCGCAAUGGACGGUAUUAUUUCGAUGGCUGGUGCCAGUUGGGCACUAGAAACAUCCCUAGUUACAUUAUUACCCAGCACGAUUCGAUCUGCCUUGGAUAAAUGGAAAUCCGUCAAUGUCGCUCAUGUUCCCUGGAAUACUUACGCCAAUGACAUCAUCCCUGCCGAAAGCUACAUCCUAGCAACGAUAAAUCAUCACAUUAAUCCGCUGUCAGAGUUUGGAAUCUUCUCGAUUAAUCCUUCACUCAAGAAUCUGCUCUAUUCGUUAGUCACCUUUAUCAUGGAAUACGUAAAUCCAACGAGUGCUCCCGAGAAUUCCGAGAUUAGGCGGGAAACUAUCGAGCUUCUGAUUCCAUUGACAAUGGAUGCUCGAACCGAGUAUGUUCAGGAAAUGGCGUCCAAGACUUUGGGGAAGAUUCUGGGCGAUGGGGAAAGUGAGGCCCGAUUAUUGAAAGUUCAUCUCUUUGUGCUUUCGUACACCUACAAUCUGAUUGUUGAUUACACAAGUUAUGCGGAGGAGGAGUCGAUCAAUGUGACGAUUGACGAGCAGAUUCUUAAACACUGUAUCAAGUACUGGGAACAUUUGCUAGAGAAGCCCGUUGGAUAUAAAGCUCUUGGUGAAUUUUUCUCACCCGAGUCUAAUCGCACCCUCGUUUCCAUUCUUUUGUCAAUCGCCUCGCCUCAAGCCUCUCAGCAAUUUGGUACUCAUGUUUUGCACUUUUUCAACAAACUUUUCAAGACAGCGGAGAAGGUGAGCGAUUUGAAUUUAGAUCGUCUGUGCAGUUCCGUCUCGAAUCUCGCGAACGUGGAGAAUGACAAGCUUCAAACGUGGCUGAGACAUGUGAUUCUAGGAGCGGCGAAUAUUCCUCCGGCUGCUGUUGUUCAGACACCUGAUGCUGCUAUUACGACAACUGUCGCUGUCAGCGGCACCGAAGAAGCCCAGAAGACUGAGGAGUCGAAUAAUCCCUUUAAUAAUGAGACGAGUUGGCAACCGCUCUUGGUGGAUGGAACUACCACGAAAACUAACAAUCAGGAGUACAAACCUCUUCAGGAGAAUAAUCAACUUUUACAGGCACUGACGAAUUAUAUCGUGAAAGAGAACAGUAUUGUCAGUAGUGGAGUUUCCGUGACAAUGCUCCAGGCGCUGAUUCCCCUCGGCUAUCAUAUCCUGUCGACAGCAAUCGAAGGCGUCAGUUUUCCCGAUCUGAUGCAAGUCAUGUCAACAUUGGCCGACGUUGGAUCCGACAAAGGCCACAAGCUUCUCUUCAAAGCUGCAACUGGCUGGGUGGAAAUUUGCAAGCAGCAACUGAUGAACAAAGAUCCCCAGUCGUUGGACAAGCCCUCGCCCUACACCGAGGCUGGAUGCUGCGUAUUGAAUUAUAUUGCUGAUGUUGUGAGUGCAGUUUGUCCUCAGCAGUUCUCCCUGCAAGAUCGAGCGACAAGUCCACCCUGGGAAGGAGCGACUCCCUUGAAUGACAUCAACGACAGCGACUGGAACGACGAUAUUGCCCACGAGGAUGAUGACUCGGCGGCUGAAGAUUCGGACGAAGACAGUCUGUGCAAUAAACUCUGUACGUUCACGAUCACUCAGAAGGAAUUUAUGAAUCAGCACUGGUACCAUUGUCACGAUUGCAAUAUGGUGGAUGGUGUGGGGGUCUGCACAGUUUGUGCCCGAGUUUGUCAUCGAGGACACGACGUCACCUAUGCGAAAUACGGUAACUUUUUCUGCGAUUGUGGCGCCAAGGAUGAUGCCUCCUGUCAAGCCUUGACAAAACGCAGUCCGCAAAGUUCGGAGCACCAGGUCGCAGGGAAUGCGGCUUCGUAUCUGACCACUGCCGGCACGGACAGUAAUAUGUUGACGAGCAGCCUCAGGAGAAGAGCCUCGAGUCCUCUCAGUUUCAAUGACAAGAGCGAGAGAAGUGGCAGGGACAAACAGAAGCUGGGAAUUCUUGCGAAACAGCUGGAAGGAUCGAAAGAUUGGAUUCUCUCGCAACUCUGGUCGAGUGGUCUCGUCUCGUCACUCGUGGAAUUAACCAGUACUCUAGUUCCCGCUGUGGAAUCCUGCUGUCAGAAGCACUCGGCCGUUGGGUGUCAUUCUCGAGCCCAGAAUGCUCUCAGACAACUUCACACCUUGGACAAGAAAUUUGAGCACACGGAUCAACUGAUGCUGCCGACUUUAGGAUCGCAGGAGGGCGCAUUUGAAAAUGUCAGGAUGAACUAUUCCGGGGAUCAGGGACAGACAAUCAGACAACUUCUCUCUGCUCACAUGAUCAGAAGAGUUGCGAUGUGUUGUCUCUCCUCUCCUUAUGGAAAGCGACAGCACCUCGCUGUCUCGCACGAAAAGGGGAAAAUCACCGUUUUGCAGUUGAGCACUUUGCUGAAACAAGCGGAUUCGUCCAAGAGGAAAUUGACAUUGACGAGAUUAGCUUCAGCGCCGAUUCCUUUCACAGUUCUAUCCGUCACCGGGAAUCAGUGGAACGAAGAUUUCCUCGCGGUCUGUGGACUGAAGGAUUGUCAUGUUCUGACGUUCAACAGUUCCGGAACAGUUUCCGAUCAUUUGGUACUCCAUCCGCAACUGGAGACUGGCAAUUUUAUCAUCAAGCCUCUCUGGCUGCCCGGAUCGCAGACACAACUCGCUCUGGUAACUGCCGAUUUUGUGAAGAUUUACGACUUGAGCAAGGACGCCCUGAGUCCACAGUACUACUUUUUGGUGCCUGCUGGCAAAAUUCGCGAUUGCACCUUCAUUCACGCCGAGGAUGGUAUGUUUCAUCUCUUGCUGAUGUCGUCGGCGGGAUAUAUUUACAGUCAGGCAAUGGACGAGGAGAGUUUGGCCAAGCAUGGGCCCUUUUAUGUGACAAACACUCUCGACAUUUAUCAUCCGGAGAUCAAGGACAAUGGACAGGUUGGAGGAGGAGGCGUGUCGAUUUAUUAUUCCCACGCGUUGCAACUCUUGUUCUUCAGUUACGCCUGCGGCAAGAGCUUUAUCGCGCCCCUGAAGUAUAUGGAUUCGGACAUCACUGUCGUGUUUAUGAUCAAUCUGGCGAAUAAGAACAAUGGGAAUAAAUCGAAUAAUAAUCAACCGCAGCCGCUCUGUCAGUGGAGCGAGAUUGCCAAUCAUCCGGGAUUGGUGUGCUCGGUCUUGCAGAGCAGUAAUAAUCCGGUGAUUCUGAUGAUUAAACCGGAGACGAUUAUGAUCCAGGAGAUCAAGGUUGUGCCGGCAAAAGCGAAGAUUAUGGACAUGGUGGCAAUUAGGCAUCCGAGCUCGAAUGCUGAGCACAGAACGACCCUGAUUUUACUCUGUGAGGAUGGAAGUUUGCGGAUCUAUAUGGCUGCGAUGGACCAGACUGGAUUCUGGAUGUCGCCAAGUGUUCAGCCAGUUGGAACUAUGGCGACGAUCAAGCAGCCGAAGAAGAAGAAGACGGCAAAAGCUGGGAAACCUUCGGGCUCGGUCUCCUUCCCGAUUGAUUUCUUUGAACAUACCCAGGCGAUGAAUGAUGUGGAGUUUGGCGGGAAUGAUCUGCUCCAGGUGUAUAAUGUGGCGCAGAUUAAACAUCGACUGAAUACGACAGGAAUGUAUGUGGCUUCGACGCGAUCUCUUGGAUUCAAUGUCGAAGUGGUCAACAAUGAUCCGACUCUAGUCAUGACGGGAUUUCGAGUACAGCUGGGAAAUCAGGAUAUUCAGAGGGCGCCACUUUUUGUUGAGAUUUUUGGCAGAAAUGUACGAAUUGCGCUCACUAGGAGUAGAUGGUUCGAUAUUCCUUUAACAAGAGAGGAAAGUCUACAAGCGGAUAAAAAAUUAGUUGUCACUUUCGGUCCAUCUCAGGAUGCUGAGGGCGUUAUUAUGGUGGAUUCGAUUAAAGUAUACGGAAAAACUAAAGAUGCUUUCGGUUGGCCUGAGGAAACCGAAGAAAUUCCUGCUGGACAAUCAACUCCAGCGCCAGUAACAUCCGGUGCACCAGUCAACAACGAAAACGAAAGUGCUCAUGUCUCCCCGAUUCCACUCACAUCCAUCGACAAAAUGACGUCCAGUAUCCUCGAAGUUCUUGUUUCGUCCUUCACUCUCUCUUCUAACGACGAGACGAAAACUUCUCUGAGGUCUACGGCAGUCGAGGUUGCAUCGAAUCUUUUGACUCUACCCACACCACCACAGGUGCAAAUUCACACAACUGCACUUCUGGCGGCUCUACACCAUUCCAAAUUGUCAUACCAUUCUCACAAGGAUCAAGUUCUACUCUCGCAUGUGCUCGAGGCUUUGAAUUCGAUGCAAAAAAUUAGCGAUCCACGUGACAUUGAUGCUGAGAACUUUUAUCGACUUGUACUUAUUGUGAGAAACAUCGCAGUCGCUCGUCCGAAUAAUUUGGCGAAGUUUGCAGAACAACAUGCAUCGAAACCCAUUGAUGUAUCGAGCAUACCAGUUUUUGAGAAAGACCGAUUGGAUUCACAGCCGAGCUUGGAAAAAAGUUCGCACUUGGUGGUACAACUGAUGGAUGUUUUAUGGGCCUUGCAUGCCGCUUAUCCAAAAAAUAUGGCCCUGGCUCCCGUCGUAGUUCCUGGAUUAACGCACACGGAAGCUACGAUUUACGCAAUUGUCGAAAUAAUUCACGCCUUCACAACCUGCGACGUCGAAGGAAAUACUCCUUUGGCCGCGAAACUCUACCUCCAAUUGCUACUGGCUUCUGACACUAGUAUCAGCUUUAGUGCCAAACAUGCGAUUAUCAGGGUCUUGAGGCCCCGGUACAAACGAAGAAGGGUCUUCAUACCGAGUCCACCACGUUGCAGUACUCCAGGUGCUCCAUUGGAACCAGAAGAUAAACCAGAAUCAAUCUCUGCUCAACCAUCCCAAGAAUCUGCCGAAGCGGAGCAACAAUACGAGAUUGAGGCCGUCUAUCCGAUGGGUUUGCAGGGUGAGGACGGGAACCAAGCGGCCGGAGGUCGAGCGGGUAAUCAUCCUCUGGAAGCUCUGCUCGGCCCGGGUGCAUUUCCCCAAUUAAUGGACAUAGCUCCAGCGGAUGAUGACGAGGUGAUGGUGGAAUUGGCAAUCGCUCUGAGUUUGCAGGACCAGCAGGGAGGUGUAGGUAAUCAAGGUCCUGCGCAAGGAUUGCAGCAAGGACUAGCCAACAUUCCAGGUCUGCAGGGUCUGGAGAAUUUGAGUGGGUCUGAGCUGGAACGAAUUCAGGCUCUUGCACUUCAGGGUCUCUCGAAUGCCGUUGAACGGUUGAACGUCGCCGUGAUGGGUCAGGAGGGUAGUCAUUAUUCUGAUACAACCGCGUCUGCUGGCGGCUCUGAUGACGAGGGCUCAACGGCAGCAACCGAGGGCAGUACUUUGCGAACUUCUCCAGCCGAGCAGGGUGGAAGCGGUGGAAGUGCUGGGAGUAAAGGCAGUGAAAGCGGCGGAAGUGGAAGUGAGUCGGGAGGUAGUGCAGUUGACAGUAUAACUGGCGAACACAACGUUUCGGGAAGAAGUUCCGCGUAUGGAGACAAUGCGCCCGAAAGCAUCCCUCCUAUGAUUGUUCAGCCGCCUCGUUCCGAAACUAGUUCUGUCGGUGCCCCAGCGACUUUCAGUAUUAACGAACAAGAGGAGAGUCAAGAGCGAGAACGUGCACUGAUACAGGAGAUAGAUACCCUGAGUGAAAAUACAACGAAUCUCCACGAUGUGCGACUAUUGUUGCUUGAUAAGCUAUUGCAGUUUAUUCCCGAGUUGACUAAUGUUUCAGGCGUACUUGCAAUUCCCUUCAUGCAGGUGAUUCUGAUGCUCACUGCUGAUCUGGAUGGUCAGGAUGAGAGAGACAGAGGCUGUGUCGAGAGAUUGUUGCGUGUUCUGGUGAAAGAAUUGGAAAUGGAGAAUCCUGACACGAGUGACAUAUGCCAACGUAGCAAUAAACGGGAAGUUCACCUUGUGAUAAUGCGUUUGCUGAGUGUCUUGAUGUCAAGAUCAAAGUGCAGCUCAAAGGGCCAAUCUGACAAUCCAAACUUUGUGUCGCAGACAACAGCAGCCAUUCUGAGCAGUGCAGGAGUUAUUGAUUAUUGUUUGAAUUUGCUAAAAGCCUUACUUGAAUACUGGAAAAACACUUCGACUGAAGACGCCGGAAAUAUUAUUGGGGGACAGUUGCUCAAAGACAAUCUCAUCAGUUCUCCGCCUGAUAUGUCGCCUUUCUUCUUGAGACAAUAUGUCAAAGGACAUGCUAGCGACGUUUUCGAACCCUAUCCUCAAUUAUUAACGGAAAUGGCACUCAAGCUGCCUUAUCAAGUUCACAAAUAUGCCGAAAACACUGCUGUUCAGCCGGAUUUUGAACAGCAGGCGUGGUACUACUAUCUCUGCGAGUACAUGAUGUCUUAUCAAACGCCUUUCGUUCGACGACAAGUUCGCAAACUCUUGCUCUUCAUCUGUGGAAAUAAGGAGAAGUAUCGUCAAUUGAGAGACCUGCACGCUCUAGUUUCUCAUGUGCAAUCAGUCCAGCAAUGCUGCAACACCGGUGGCUAUGAUCCCCUACAAUCUCAUCCAGUCGCAAUAAAUUUGCCCUAUGAUUCACUUGUCGAGCUGAUCGAGCAUCUCAAGUGUUGUGUGGAAGUGGCAACUAGUCGAACCGGAAACUGGCAAAGAUUUUGCUCCAAGCAAAACACAGUUCUCUCCUAUCUCUUCACGAUCUCGACCCUUCUCGACGAGGGUGUCAGUCCCACAGUUCUUCAAUUGCUUCAGUGUGCGAUUUGCUCCAGCAAAUCUAAGGACGCGAAAGCCAAGGAUUCAAAGUCAAGUUCGACGAAGGAGAGGAGGGACCGCGAGAAAUCGGAAGAUUCCGAUACAGAGGCCAAAUUUGAAGAGGCUCAGUGCGUUUCCCUGGUCGAGCAGAUUCAGCAACAAGUUUCCCCGGGUCUCCUGACCAAAUUCAUCCAGACUUUCCUCCUCGAGGCAAACAAUACCAAUGUUCGUUGGCAGGCACACUCUCUGAUUCUCGCCAUCUACAAGAAUUGCGGCCCAUCAAAUCAGGAGGUUCUUCUGGAUCUUCUCUGGCGACUGUGGCCACUUCUUCCCAUGUACGGGAGAAAGGCGGCUCAAUUUGUUGAUCUUCUUGGCUACUUUUCCCUGAAAACUCCCCAUACGGGUAAUAAAAUGCACGCCUACAUGGAGCAGGCAGUCGCGGUUCUUCACGCCCAGAAUCAAUUGUUGUCGCGUCAUCCGAACGCAAAUCUCUACGCCAAUCUCGCCCAAUUUGUAGAACUCGACGGCUACUAUCUGGAGAGUGAGCCCUGUCUUGUCUGCAAUAAUCCCGAGGUGCCAAUGUCGACGAUUAAACUCUCGUCGAUCAAGGUCGACUCGAAAUUCACGACGACGACGCAGAUUGUGAAACUUGUCGGCAGUCAUACAAUCAGUCGCAUUAUUUUGCGAAUUGGGGACUUGAAGAGGACAAAGAUGGUGCGGACGAUUAAUGUUUUCUACAAUAACAGAUCCGUCCAGGCUGUUGUCGAGCUGAAAAAUAAACCCGCCAUGUGGCACAAGGCGAAAAAGAUUACCCUCGCCCAGGGCCAGACCGAGAUUAAAAUUGAAUUUCCACUGCCGAUAGUCGCCUGCAAUUUGAUGAUUGAGUACGCCGAUUUCUAUGAAAAUAUUCAGGCAUCGUCGGAGACUCUCCAGUGUCCUCGAUGUUCAGCGAGUGUGCCCGCAAAUCCAGGCGUUUGCGCAAACUGUGGUGAAAAUGUUUUCCAAUGUCACAAGUGUCGAGCGAUCAACUACGACGAGAAGGAUCCGUUUCUGUGUCAUGCCUGCGGCUUCUGUAAAUAUGCCAAGUUUGAUUAUACCCUGACGGGGCGGCCCUGCUGUGCCGUCGAUCCUAUAGAGAGCGACGAGGAUCGGAAGAAAACAGUGGCGACGAUCAAUACCCUUUUGGAGAAAGCCGACAGGGUUUACAAGAGUUUGAUUUCGAAUAAACCGACCUUGGAGAUGUUUCUGGUCAAGAUUUCCGAGCACCGGUCAGACAGGAGCUUGGAGGAAGGAGUCCAGGUCGCUGGAAGUACCCAGGUCAAUCGAGCGAUUCAACUUCUUGCUCAAAAGUAUUGCGGCGAGUGUAAAACUUCGUUUGAGGAACUGAGCAAAAUCAUACAGCGUGUGCUCGCUUGUCGGCGCGAAUUGGUCGCGUAUGAUCGGAACCAGAGGGGACAGACUGUGAUCCAGUAUCAUCAGGCCUCGACUUCCGAUGGAUCAGUCCGGGACGAGCCGAUUGCUCCGAAUGCGGGACGAUGUUACGGAUGUGCGUCAGCCGCCACGGAACACUGUUUGACGCUUCUUCGUGCCUUGGCAACGAACACAGCGGCGAGGGAAGUCUUGUGCAAGCAGGGACUCAUUCAGGAACUGGUGGAGAAUAAUUUGCGAAAGGGAACGGUUCAAGUUCAGGAGGAGGUGCGACAGCUGCUCUGUCUAGUGACGCGGGACAAUUGCGACUCGACAAAGGAACUCUGUCUGCUCUUGGCCAAUCGGGUCACGAUGACUCUUCAAGGCCGAGUAGCCACUCACGAUUUAUCGAUGGCAGUUCGCCACGAGAUGGCACUACUCGCUGCUCUCGUACAAAAGGAGGAUUCAUGCUGGGAGCAGAAACUCAGAUGUGUGAUGCAGCUUUUCCUGCUUGCCUGCAAAGACUCGAAGAGUCCGGUCGUGAUGGAGAGUAUAAUUCUGCCGUGUAUGAAGAUUCUGCAGGGUGUGAUCAAACCGGAACAGCCUCUCUCGAAGAAGAACAAGGACAAGAGUGUGGAGUCGCUGGCGACGAUACAGCCACCGCCGGGCAUUAGUAUUGAUAUUGGGAGAUGGUUGAGUGGUGAUGCGAAGCACGCGUAUUCUGACUGGUUGGAAAAAAUGCCACUGAAGAAGUCGGAGGCCGGACCUAGCAAACAGCUGACGAAAGAGGAGGCGAGGAUUCUUUAUCUGAUGGAGAAGUAUGGACAUCGCUGGCACAACAGGUGUCAUCGGCUGCGGGACGUGAAACCGUUGAAGCUGGUCGAUGAGGCCUGGCUGAAGGAGGUUUUGUUCAAUCCUAGUUCGAGGCUCGCGAGACAAGUGGCCUGCACAAUGGUCGAGAGUCUCUGUCAGGGAAUCGAGAGGAAGAAGGAGCUUUUGGUCCUUCUGACCAAUUAUCUUGAGGAAGUUCACGCGGCUGGUGAAAGCAGCGCCGAGUUUCUCUCCCUCUAUCAAAGUCUGAUCAGACAGUCGCCCUGGAAACAGUUUCUGGCGGUGAGAGGCGUUUUGACACUUCUUGCUGAAUUGCUGACUAGAGAGAUAGAGGAGCUGCAUCGGUUGGAGGAGACAACCCUCACGAGUGAUCUCGCCCAGGGUUAUUCCCUCAAAAUGCUGACCGAACUUUUGGCGACUUUCCUGGAGCAGGAUAAUAUCAAGCAGCAUUAUAAGGGACGACUGGUGGGUGCUGUUCUCAAUGGAUAUUUGUCGCUGAGACGAUUGGUUGUUCAGAGAACGAGGCUGAUUGAUGACACUCAGGAGAAGCUGCUCGAACUCUUGGAGGAGAUGACAACUGGAACGGAGGAAGAGACCAAGGCCUUUAUGGCGGUUUGCGUUGAAACUGUGCAGAAGUAUAGUCCACAGGAUGUGAGAACACCCGUCUUCAUCUUCGAAAGGCUUUGCUCGAUUAUUUAUCCGGAGGAGAACGACGUCGGGGAAUUCUUCCUGACGUUGGAAAAGGAUCCUCAGCAGGAGGACUUCCUUCAAGGAAGAAUGUUGGGCAAUCCUUACAGCAGUCUGGAACUUGGACUUGGUCCCUUGAUGAGGGACGUGAAAAAUAAGAUCUGCCAGGAUUGCGAACUCGUCGCGCUUUUGGAAGACGACAACGGAAUGGAACUUCUUGUAAAUAACAAAAUUAUCAGUCUCGAUCUGCCCGUGAAGGAGGUGUACAAAAAGAUUUGGGUGGUAGAGGGCGGCGAGUGCGACGCGAUGAGGGUUGUCUACCGGAUGAGAGGACUUCUCGGUGAUGCCACGGAGGAGUUUGUAGAGACCUUGAACGCGAGCACCGAGCAGGAAGUGAAUAACGAGGAGGUGUACAAAAUGGCAAACGUCUUGGCCGAUUGCGGAGGAUUGGAAGUGAUGCUGGAUCGACUUGCUGCAAUACAGGACGUCAGCCGAGCAAGGCCUCUGCUCCAGGUUCUUCUGAAGCUCUUCCGUUUGUCGGUGAAGGUCAAAAGGAACCAGGAAGUUCUCAGUCGGCCAGAAUUGAAAGCCGUUUCCGUGCUGUUGGAUGUUCUGCAGAGGUGUUUGGAAACAGAAUCGGACAGCUCGCAAGCCAAAGUCACCGAGCAGCUGCUGGACAUCAUGGAAAAUAUUUUGGCGAACGCUGCUGCACAGCCUCUCAGUUCCUUCGAGGCGUUUUCAAAGACUUUGGGCGGAGUUGCGCACAUCAAGGCGCUUCUCUCCUGCACACAAUCAGCCGCUGUCAGGCAGAGUCACAGUGUUCUGAUGCAUCUGGCCAGGGUUUUGGCGGCUCUCACCUACGGCAAUUCAGAGAAAAUGGCUCUGCUGUGUGACCACUUUAAGCCAGUAUUGAACUUUUACAAAUUCGACUUUGAGCACACGACCGAGGACGAGCAAAAGUUGGAGCUGUUCUGCAUUCUAACCCAGGGUAUUGAGAGGAACGCAAUUGGUAACACGUUGAAGGACCAUAUUAUGGGAAUGGGCAUUGUCAAGGACGCGUUUGAGUAUAUAACGAUGCACGCGCCUUGUGUGAAACCAACACUGGUGAGGACCGACAGUGACGAGCUGAAAGAGUUUAUAUCGAAACCGGCAUUGAAGUACAUCUUGAGAUUCCUGACGGGACUCGCGACUGAUCACGAGCCAACCCAGUUGGCCGUUUCGCAAGUGAUCAUCAGCAUCAUUCACAGAUUGGAGCAGGUGUCGUCGGACGAGCAUGUCGGUUCGUUGGCCGAGAACUUGCUGGAAGCGCUGCGCACGAAUAAGAAAGUGUCCGAGUUGAUUGAGGAGGUGCGACAACACACGAGGAGCGAGAAGAAGAGGCUGGCGAUGGCGAUGCGGGAGAGGCAGUUGGGCGCGCUCGGGAUGCGAACGAAUGACAAGGGUCAGGUGACGGCCAGCGGAACGAUUCUUCAGCAGAUGGAGGAUUUGGGCGAUGAGACGGGACUUGUCUGUGUCAUUUGUCGGGAGGGCUACAAGUUUAAGCCCAACAUGGUGCUGGGAAUUUACACGUUCACGAAGCGCUGCAAUGUCGAGGAGUUUGAGACGAAGCAGAGGAAAACGGUGGGCUACACGACAGUGACGCACUUUAAUGUGGUGCAUGUGGAUUGUCACAUGUCGGCGGUUCGAUUGGCACGGGCACGAGACGAGUGGGAGAGUGCUGCCCUGCAAAAUGCCAACACAAAGUGCAAUGGUUUGCUGCCACUGUGGGGACCGCAAGUUCCGGAAUCGGCAUUUGCCAGCUGUCUGGCACGACACAAUACUUAUUUGCAAGAGUGUACAGGACAUCGGGACAUCUCGUAUUCGUCGACAAUCCACGACUUGAAGUUGCUUCUGCUGCGAUUCGCUCAGGAGAAGAGCUUCCACGAGGACACGGGCGGAGGUGGACCACAGUCGAAUAUGCACAUAAUACCUUACCUUAUUCACAUGGCUCUCUAUGUCAUCAAUACAACAAGAUCGGCAUCGAGAGAAGAGAAGGCGCACAUGUCCUACUUACAAUCGUCAGCUAGUCCGUCGUGGCUUGAGAGUGUUUAUGAAUCCGACGGUCCGUUUUAUCAGUGCACUCUCUCGCUCCUCUUAAUGACACCCGCACGAUGGAAUAUAUUCAGAGUCACCCAUUUGAGGAGGCUUUUAAUUCUCGCUCAACAGAGAUACAUUUCUCCCUCGUCCUCUACUAAAACUCUAUCCGACUCGACCGUCAAAGAUUACUCCGUUUACAAGAGUGCCCUCGUCUUUUUCGGUCUUGUCGACUGCAUAUACAAUAACUUUUUCAAGAAAGCCAACGUCUCAUCAGAUGAUCAAUGGCCGUCAAUUUUAGCUGAAUAUAUUAGGCACAAUGAUGAGGCUUUGCUCAAAGCUUCGGAACGCGUUUUGGCAACGUACAGAGAUGAACUGUUGCCUUGCGAAUCAUUUGAAGAAUUUUGUGAUGUUGCGGGUUUAAUCGACGAAAUAACUGAUCCCUCGUCGUUUAUAAGCGAAGUUCUGCAAGAGCUCGCUUAGAGUGAUUGGAAACACGUUCCCUCCUGAAACGCUUUCUUACAUCCCCGAUUUUUCGAGUGCGAAAAGAAAAAACCCGAGUGCAUAUUUUUAGUUUUUUAUGACACGAACGGAAGUGGCUUAGCGAAGCCCUUGAUUAUUGUGAAAAUUGUCCAAAUGUCGCCAGACUGGAAUACAUCAUUGUGUAUGUUGAUACUAAUGAAUUUGUAUGAGGAUCGACUUUGAAUGGCGUUCUUAUUUAUAUAUAAGCCUGUACGAAUUAUAAAGAUAAAAAUUGUGCUUUAGCGAAAUUCGAUAUAAUAAAAUGUUUGCAGAUGUUAA